CAGACAGACAGACAGUCAGACAGACAGACAGUCAGACAGACAGGUGAUGAAGAUGAUCUCCUCCCCGCGCCUCCUCUUCCUCCUCCUCUCCCUCACCGCCUCCAUCAGCUGCUCCUCCGCCGCCCAGAGAGACUCCAAACUCCGCCUGCUGCUGCACCGGACCCCGCUGCUGAGCUCCAAGCAGGACUCGUCCCGCUCCUCGCUGGCCGAGCUGCUGCUGUCCGACCUGCUGCAGGUGGAGAACGAGGCUCUGGAGGAGGAGAACCUCCGUCUGGCGGACGGAGAACCCGAAGACGUCCAUGUGGACCUGGAACGAGCCGCCGGCGGCGCCGGGCCGCUGCUCGCCCCCCGGGAGAGGAAAGCAGGCUGCAAGAACUUCUUCUGGAAGACCUUCACUUCCUGUUGAGAGCCCCCCCUCCCUCCUUCCUCCAGCUUCAUCCUCCUCCUCCUCCAGACUGUACAGAACCUGUGCAUCAGACGAUCAGUGACUAGUUUGGACGAAUUGUUUAAAUUUUUCUGAGCUGAUUGUUUCUGAAUGUUAAACUUGAUGAAUCUAUUUUUAAUUGUUGGUUUGAAUAAAAAUCUGUUUGAGAAAAACU